AAAUUCACGUGAAACUAAACAUUGUGUAUGUGUUUUAGUUUUGUAGGGAUUCUUUUACAGUAUUCAAUCAAUUAUAUUAGUGUAUAUGUUAAGGAAACGAGUGUGAAACGUUAUUGUUUGUUGAAAUAUCGAUGCAAGAUUUUUCGGAAUUGCUGAGUGAAAUUUUGAUUCCUGGAUACAAUAAAUGAUAAAACACACAUAAAAAACGAUUUCUAAUUACGUUUGGUGUUAUCUGAAUAUAAAACAAUGCGGUAUUACGUCAGAAAAACAAACCGGGGAAAAACUCCUCAAAAACUGAUGCAAUCGGCCGCUUAUGCUGUCAUGCAUCAAGGGCAAAGUUUACGGGCAAUAGCGAAGGCGCUUAACAUCUGCCAUGCAACACUCUUCCGAUUCAUUAAGAAGCUGAAAUCUGGUGACAACCCUACCGUCGGUUACAAACCCAAGCUGCUUUUCACCACUUCUCAAGAACAAGAAAUCGUGAAACAAUUAGCCCAAUACGCUAAAGUUUUCUGCGGAUUAUCUAUAGACGAAGUGAGAAAACUUUCAUUUCACAUUGCAAGAAGAUGGAAAUAUGUGAUACCGGAGAGUUGGAUCAAAAAUGGUACUGCUAGCAAAGAUUGGGGCGACAAGUUUGUAAGAAGGCACAAUUUUCCUGUAAAACCGUUGAAAGGAAAGUCAAUGAAAAAUUUCUUCACUAUAUUGGACAAAUUAAUGGAUAAACAUAAGUUUUUACCAUCAAGAAUUUACUAUUUAGAAGAAAUUACUGUUCCGAUAGCCAAAUAUAUUGCUGACACAAGUUUGGCUGAUCUGAAGCCAGUAUGUAUGGAAUUAGCAGUAAAUGCUUCCGGAGAAAUUGUCACACCAAUGUUAAUGAUGAAUAACGAAGAAUACAAGCUGAACGACAAAUCUAAACUUUGUAUUGAAAGUAAAACAGAAAUAAGAAAUGCUACAGACUCAAGGUACUUAAACCAUUUCAUAGAUCGUACUAAACCGUGCGUAGCUGAUCCUAUUCUGUUACUAAUAGACAACUGUCAAUAUGUCGAUAUGAAUGUUUUGAAAAAAGCAAAACAAAAUUCGAUUACACUGCUUUGUAUUCCUAAGAGUGAAGGCUGUAUGAAAACUUUAGUGAAAUUAGCGAAGUUUGUUAAAAAACCUAGCAAAAGUCAAAACCUGUUUUUCGAGCCGGGCUGUGAUGUAUCACACAUUGUAUGUGCAAUGUUGCCAUCGAAAAAGGAAAUAGUAAAGUGUUUCCGGGAGAAUGGAGUGUGGCCGUUCAAUCCGAGUGUUGUUACCGGUGAAGAGUUUAUACCUGAACCUAUUGAGGAGUAUAACUUUAAAGUGAGCGCACCGGUCGCGCAGCCUUUGCCUGGCCCGAGCAGAAUUCCUACUACGCAAACCUCGGAUGCCAACGUGUCAUCCAAGAAUCAAGACCCUCUAAGUAGAGGCACCAUCGACCAAUGUCGCUUCUGCGGAGAAUUCACCAAAUGCGUCCCCAUUACCAACAAGCCAUAUAUCUCCAACAACACCACACUGGCCUUCAACGACGUCGCCGUACAACUAGACUUCAGCGACGGAACAUUACCUAAGACCGUCUGCCAAGCCUGCGACGCGAAACUAACAGAGAUGUACGAUUUUGUGAAAGUCGUCAAAGCGGCUCAGGAAUCGCUGAUCAAUGUUGCAGAACCAAGACAACUCGAUGUUGAAAUAGAUCCUAGAGAAGAUUAUGAAACAUUAGUUGUUAAAACUGAAUAUGAUGAUGAUGAAAAAGAUGAAGAUGAUGGUAAUGAUGAGAGUAAAGAUGGAAUAGUAGAUUCGCUGACAAUCGGUGAAACUAUAUUUAUCAAAGAAAAAGUAACUCAAAAAAGGAAGACUAAGACAGCAGGUCCUAAAACGCAGAAGAAAGCUAAAGUAACUGAAGUUAAAAGUGAAAAUGAACAUGAGUUGAUAAUGGAUAUAAAAGAAGAAGUUAUUGAGAGAGACACAAAUGAUCUUGAAAGUGAUACAGGGUGUUUUGUUAGUGAUACAGGAACGGAUGCUAAACCUAGUGAAGUGGAACUUGCAACGAGUGCUUUAGUUUUUGAAAUGAGAAGUGAUGGUAGUGGAUACGGAUAUAGUUAGGGAAAAAGAUGAAAGUGUUCUUGAACAAUACAGUGUUUUUUUUAAACUUGGUUUUAGUUAGAUAUAAGAAAAGGAAUUUUUCGUUAUGCUGUUUAAUUGAUUUUGCUCAUAUAAAGGCGCGUCUCGAUAUCGCGCGGCGGCCGCGCGAGCAAUGUUCGACCGCGGCAAACCUGUAUUUUGGCUCGCGAGCCAAUUUCGGUACCAUCUUGAACUUAUGCGCGGCGGCAAACUUCUAUGAAAUUAUGACGUAUAAAUAACACGUGCACUGUGUGUGCUAUCAAAAUCGUUGCAGACUUUUCUUGGUCUAACUCUGGAUUAUUUUAUUUUAGGUAUAUACGAGUAGCUUAUUCAAUUUCUAAAUCUCAAUGGCUAUCAAAGCAAGAAGCUAGAUUUUUUUAUGUUCAGUAUUUUUAGUUGUUUUAUGUAAGUUCAAUGUGGAGAAGACCGUCUACAAGCUCUUUCAUUGCUUUAAUUCUUGCGUUACACAUUCUCCACUUACAGAAGUUCGAUAUAGCAGAAGGAGCGAAGCUACGUAUAUAAAUACAAGAGUUCUUGUCAUAUGACGGUCUUCCCAGUAAAUUUUGUAUGUCGGUCUUAUCCGCAUUGACUUAAGUGAGAUUGCAACAAUUUGUUUUCUCAUCUUAAACACUUCUCACAAUUUUUAGGUACUGAAUUACGGUGUGUGAAGUGUUUUAUCUUUUUUCUUUGAAUUAAAGUUUUUGAACGUUGUAGAAUUUUGUAUGAAUAUAAUUCAAAUAUCAUUGAGAUUAUUGUUUGUGUCCUGUUUGUCAAGAACAUUCGUGUUCAA